UCAAGACGAGUGGACGUGUGUUGAAAUAAUUUUGAAUCUUAAAUUAAAGCUUACCAAAUUUCGAAUAAACAACAGUAAUAACAUUAAAACUUUCUUAAUAUCAAUUGAAAAAAUCAUAACUUAAACACAAACAGUUAAGUUAUAAAGUGUAAACAAAUACGAACUCCUCGUUGCGUGGCAUACUUGUACUUCAGUGAAGAUAAAUAGUGAGUAAACAUCAUCUUUGUAUCUUUCUCACACUUCAAGUAGCGACUCGCUGCAAGAUAACGCUAUAGUGCGCGCUUCAAGAGCAAGAGAGAAGCACAGUAAUAUCGUCACAUUAAUCCUUACGUUCUACCCUGCAAAGACCCGCACUUUUUAGUGAUACAGUCGAUAAUUAUAUUUAACUAGAUCGUACCAUGUAUCGUUCACCGCCGAAUUCAUCUAAAACGCUAUCUGCACCGCAAUUAAAUUUGUCUUCGGAUGGGAAUGACGCAGAAGCGAAUGUUACAUUAAGAUGCGAAAAACGGCGUCGACUGUCUGGAGGUGAAAUUGAUGAAUUCGCGAUGUUUAAGUCAGAAAUGCAGGAGCUACUUCAAAAAAUGUUCAACAAAAUGUUAACAAAUCAGAACCUUCGCCUAGAUAAAUUAGAAAAAACUAUAGCCGAGAUGGAUAAAAAUAUAGCUUCAGUGAUUAAAACAAAUAACGACAUCGAGUCAUCGAUAAAUUUCUUGUCGGAAAAAAUCGAAAACUUGCACGACCAAAUAAAAAUAAUUAAAAAUGAGUCAAAAGAGUUUAAUAUAAGAUUUAGUACCAUAGAUGCAAGGCUGAACAGUCUUGAAAAAAGCAACAGGAUUACUAGCAUUGAAAUCAGGAAAAUUCCAAAAAAAGCGAACGAGAAGAAGAACGAACUAUUCUCAAUUGCUAAAAGCUUAUUGAACUCUCUUUGUUUAGAAUCAUCCAAUAUUAACAUACGAGAUGUCUAUCGUCUACCAAGCCGAAAGGAAGCACGGGAGUCAACUUUGAUUGUGGAGUUCCCAGACACAAAUGUUAAAGACAUAGUCAUAGAAGCAGUUAAAAAAUUUAACAGACAGACAGGAGGUCUGAAACUAAACACUAAUCACUUCGGCUUUGAGGGACAGCCCAUUCCUGUGUAUAUUUCGGAUUUCCUAACUCAAUUAGAUAAACGUUUGUUCUAUCACUCGAGGGAAUUCGCUAAAUCAGAAGGUUAUGCUUUUUGCUGGAUGACCAAUGGCCGGAUUUACUUACGCAAAAAAGAAGGUGCUCCACAUAUUUAUAUUAAAAAUGAAGAACAACUCAACCAGCUUAAAAACAAAAUGUGACUAGUUUUUGUGUACCUUGUUGCUCUAUUGUUAUCAAUUAUUAUGAUUACUUUAAAUAUAAAUAAGCUAAGUUUAACUAUAUAUUUUAAAUUCAAAUUCCAAUACAUUAAUUAUUACUAUACUCUUUACAGAAACACAUUCAUAAACACACUUACAAUAAAACUC